CUAGGGUUAGGGUUGGGCAAGUAGUGGCAAUGGUGAUGGGUAAGUCUCCGUGAAAUUAAUGUAACUCAAUGUCAUGUCCUCUGAAGUGAUGGAAACAUACAACUGUGUGUGUGUGUGUGUGAAAGAGACAGAGACAUCAACACACUUUGGCCAAGGUGUGGAGAUGCUGAAGUGAGGCCUAUAAUGACAUCUUAUGUAUUUUUUUUUGUAAAGUGGGCAGUAAAUACCAACACAGUAUUCAGUUGGUUAUGCAUGUAUUCAUUACUGUGCCCAGGUUGCAUGUAUUAACCUAUACUGAGGAUCUAAGCACCAAAACAUAAAAACAUUUAAUAAAAAAGGAUCUACUCUUUCUAUUGUUCACUGAGCAGCAUGUACAGGGAGGUAUCUGUAACACUGUACACAUUUAAUGUAGUUUCAAUUCAGUUUUAGUGUGAAUCGUAUGUAAAUUCAUCUGUGCUGCAAUCAUUUAUGCUCCCUUGUAAAAACUUGUAGAAACAUUUUAUUAAGGAAACUUAAUCUGUAUCUGUAUUUCUUUGUCCUCUACAACUGCCAGUGUGAUUGUACCCUUAAUCCUCCGAGUGCAUCUUAACACAGCCUUGAAAAACAGCCAGAUUUGUUCAAAGAUUGUUGACCCACUUACUCAGACCUAUUUGGGACAGGGAAUACACGUGGAUGAGACAGCAGCUUUAUUUUCAGAUACAUUUUACAGCCGUCUACAGCCAAACUGUGCCACAUGUUGUUUCUGAAGCAACCACAAGAGGCCAUGCUUGUUCCACCCCGAAAACUCAUUAAUUAACCUCGUAAUAAAGAACAACUAGUCGUCUCUCCUUGAAUCGCAUGACUAAUUUAUAAAAGAAAACAACACAAACCCUCAUUUAAUUCAGGGGAACCAUACAGAUAUUAUAGGCAAUAAGUGCUAUAUUGGCAACUGUGGGUCAGGCCAAAAAGAAAGUUUUAAUGCUGAUUAUUUGUUUUUAGUUCAACCUGAUCAAAAAGUUUUGAUUUUUAAACAAUAUACCCAAUGAAUUAGAGUUGUUGGCUUCAACUACUAUUACACUUCCUUAUUUUAAAAGGAAUAAUUAAAGUCAUUUAUAAAUGCUUGUGCUAAGCAAGCAGAUUGCCCAUUUGACUGAUAGCACUUAAUUAUGAUUGUGAACAUCUACUAACAAGAUGGAUGCACACGACUACCUCAGACUUUACUAAAUUCAGACUAACCUCUCAGGUAAUAUGUAUAUAUUUUUAUAUAUAUUUAUUCCUAUAGAAUGGCAAAUACAACUCCUAACAAUGUUUUGUCACAUCAAUCACCUGAAAAAAAUUUAAAUUAAAUAAUGGCUUCAGCACUGUGUCGAUUAGAGGAUUGCAUUUGACGUUAACAUUUUCCAAAAAUCACAUCUCACCUUUUACUGAAUGAUCAAAUUGAACUUUAGACAUAUUUUCUUUUUUCGUUUGAAUGAAAUCUAUUCAUUAAUUUACAAUUAUGUAAUCAUUCUCAAUGGCUUGAUUGUAUUCAGGACUGUUGUUGACUCUGUUAAGAUGUUCAAAAGGUCACACCCUUGAUCGCUUUUAAUUUGAUUUUAUCUUAGUAAUAUCAACAUUUGCACUUCACAGGAAGCAUUCUAUUUGUUUGUUUUUGUAUGUUCUAUAAUAAGUGUUGUGCUUUUUGAAGUAAUGUGCAGAAUAGUGGAUAGGUUGAAAGAGGAAACUACUGUACAAACAGACAUAUAGGUCAAUGUGCUAAUUAUCUUCCAAACUUGAAUGUAAUAAAUUGUUGCACUUUUCUGCAAUAACUAACUAGUAUAAAAUUUUAAACAGAUUGGGGUGAGUUACUGUAGUUGCUGUGACACACUAGCUGUGAAUAAGACCAGUUUAUUUAGAAUAAAAGCAAAUCUGUUCCAUUAAAAGAUUAUUAGGCUGCAUAUGGUACAUAUAGGUACAUUGCUUUAAUCUGGAUGAGAUGUUUAUAUAAAGCCAGAUCAUUCGGAAUUCAAAAUUUGGCCCUAUUAAUGGAGUAUUUGUCUUUGCUGUUUAUGUAAACAGAGUCAUCAGACAGAGAGGAAGAGAGAGAGGAAGAGAAAGCCGCGUUCAGGGUUGGUUGAUGACAGCCCCUGGCUCUGCAUUGCUGACGAAAGCUGCUUAGCUCCUCAGUUGCUAUGGCAACCAGAGAGAGAGCAGCCAGACAAAAACGAGGCAAAGGGGAGGGGCUUUCAAGGGAGAAAUAGAGGAGAAAGGGCUUGAUGGGAAAGAUAGAAAGAGGGAGGGAUACAGACAGCCGAUAAAGAAACGCACUGAGAGCAGCAGAGGUAAAGCAAGUCCACAGACGGAGAUAAAGAUAAGGUCUGGAUAUAAAUGUUCAAUCCACUGGCUGGGGAAUAAUAACUGCAGCAAAAGACAGGAAGAUACAGAGAAAGGGGGAAACAGAGAGAAGAUGGAUGUACAAACGGAGAACAUGGACCCCCCGCCUUGUGAAUCCCAGUCGAGUGGAAAAAUCAGAAAAGGAUUCAAGCUGUUUGGCAAACGCAAGCCAGGUAACAUCUUUUCUAUUCGAAGCAAAGGGGAUGGAAACAACAAGUCACCUGUUAACAGGAGUAAAACUCUAGAUGGAUUAUCGGAGUCUGCUGCACCAGAUUCAGAGCAGGAGCAAGACAAGGAGAAGGGGCAGGAGAUGAGUCAAGGAGAGAGGGAGCAGGCAGAGGAGGAGCCGCUUGGUGAAGAUGGCGUUCUGGCUGCCGCCCCUGCUCGCAACUCCAUUUCUUCAGCCAGCUCAGCCAAGUCCCUUAGCUUCCUGUCGUUACUGAGGGGUGGCCGGAGAGGAGUGGGGGAUCGCCGAGUCCACACUGUGUCCCAGCCAGUGGGUCGGCAACGUCGUGGGCUGAAGGGUCUCUUUGGCAAUGUUAAGUUCCGGUCAAAAGAUAAAGAGGACAAGGAGGAAGCCCCUCCGAGCCCACUACUCAUGUCGUCCCGCACCAACAGUGUGGAAAUCAUCAAAGAGGACCUCACCCUCACCCCCAAAUCCCAGCCUCGCUCUCUGGACAGCUCAGAGACUGAGAGCUGUGAGCCUGUCAAGAGCAUAGAAAAAACAACACAGGACAGUGCAGCCACGACCCCAUCAGAGACCAUAACUCCCCAGGUGACAGCAGGCAAUGUGAGUAAAACUAAUGAGCAUGUGCUGCCUUUACCCGCCUCUGAACCACCCUUGGUACCUGGUGAUAACAGCCUGAGCUCCUUGCUGGCAGACAUCUCCUCUCUCCUGACCUUUGACUCAAUCUCAGGGGGUGGAGACAUCAUGGCUGAUGUGGAGGCAGAGUGGGGAAAAGCCAGCAGUGCCAUCAGUGCUGUGGUGACUGAAGUCGCGUCAUCAUCCACAUCUCUCUUCUCCAAACCCACCAUCUCCUCUCCGCUGACUUCUACCUCUGUCAGCACUGCUGCUAUGGCAAAACCCUCUCCCAUAGCCAUCCCCACAACAGCAUCGACCCAAUCCUUUACUCCGCUGACAAAGACAACUUCAACCUCGUCUCCCAUUGCCAAGCCGAGUACCAUCAUCACAACGUUGACUAAAUCUUCCACUUUGACUACUCACUCAAAAGUAGUCAAACUGAGCUCAGACUCCACUCGAGCCUCUGAGCAUUCUACCAGCAUUAAAAUUAAAUCAACGCCUAUGUCCACUGCAACAAAACCCUCAACUACUCCUGUAACGUUAACAAGCCUUUCGGCUCCAAUAAUGUCUUCCCCUUCGAUAACAAUUAAAUCUACACUGAGCUCCACCUCUACUACUACCACAGCCCCUCCAAACACCCCAGCCACUAUAGUCAAGGCUCCCUCAGUUAGUCCAACUCUUACUUCUACGGUUAGCAAAGUGACUUCAGAGAUUGCAGCGCCUCCUCAAAUUAUUGCUUCAGUAAGUAAAACUAGCCCUGUAGCUACUCCACUUCCUACGCCAGCUAAAUCUCCACCAGUAACCCAUAGCCCUCCCACCCCUGUUGCUUUUACCCAACCUCCAUCUGCUAAAUUAGAUUCAGCUAGCAGUUUGAACCUGCAAACUUCCACUUCUUACAAACCUUCGCUAAUUUCAACUGCAGGAGCUCCAAUGACAGUAUCAGCAGCCUGCAUUGUUACAACCAAACCAUCCUCUCCUUCACCGGUUAUCCCCCCCAAAAUGACAACGGUUCCCACAUCAGCUACAACCUCAGGCUCAGCAUCUGUGGCCCUUUCCAAGCCUAUACUCACCUCUAACCAAAUGGACUUAAAUAAGACCCCUCCUUCUCUUGUAACUGUUCCACAUCUUUGCCCUUCCUCUACCCUGAUUGCCACAACUAAAACCCAACCUAGCCCUGCAUCUGUCCCUACUCCAUCUUCAACUUCAACUUCUUUAGAUAAGAUUCCUCCCAUGACUGAACCCACUUCUGCACCAGUCUCUUUAGAUAAGAUACCCCCUGCUCCCACACCGACUCCAGCCUCUACCACUCAUGCUGUUGUUUCUAUAGCAUUCCCAACACCUCUUGCUCUGGGCAAGAUCUCAGUCUCUCAAUCUAAAGCCCCUCCUGCUCCUGCUCCUAUCCCAAUUUCUGCGUCUAAAGAUCCCCCUGCUCCUGCUCAAAUUCAAGUUUCUCAAUCUAAAGCCCCUCCUGCCCCUGUUCAGAUCCCAGUUUCUGUAUCUAAAGACCCUCCUGCCUCUGCUCAGAUCCCAGUUUCUGUGUCUAAAGCCCCUCCUGCCCCUGGUCAGAUCCCAGUUUCUGUAUCUAAAGACCCUCCUGCCUCUGCUCAGAUCCCAGUUUCUGUGUCUAAAGCUCCUCCUGCCCCUGCUCAGAUCCCAGUUUCUGUAUCUAAAGACCCUCCUGCCUCUGCUCAGAUCCCAGUUUCUGUGUCUAAAGCCCCUUCUGCCCCUGCUCAGAUCCCAGUUUCUGUAUCUAAAGACCCUCCUGCCUCUGCUCAGAUCCCAGUUUCUGUAUCUAAAGACCCUCCUGCCGCUGCUCAGAUCCCAGUUUCUGCAUCUAAAGACCUUCCUGCCCCUGUUCGUAUCCCAAUUUCUGUACCUAAAGACCCUCCUGCUCCUGUUCAUAUCCCAAUUUCUGCAUCUAAAGACCUUCCUGCCCCUGUUCGUAUCCCAAUUUCUGUACCUAAAGACCCUCCUGCUCCUGUUCAUAUCCCAAUUUCUGUACCUAAAGACCAUCCUGCCCCUGUUCAUAUCCCAAUUUCUGUACCUAAAGACCCUCCUGCUCCUGCUCAGAUGCCAGUUUCUCAAUCUAAAGCCCCUCCUGCACCUACCCCUGCCCCUUGUCCUGUCACUUCUCUUCCUUCUACCCCUGCACCUUGGCCGAGUAAGGCCCCAGCCUCUGCUAAGAUGAGAGGCAGUGGACAGGCAUCAAUGGAUGGGCAACUGGCUAGUCCAAGUAGCACAGACGGCACCCAGAUCUUGCCAUCCAAAACAGAAGAACUGCAUAAUGAGUCACGGACGAGCCUCCAGGGCCCCUCCAGAGAAAGGAGGAUACCACAAGUAAAGGCAUCAGGACUUAGCAAAAUACCUGUAGUUGGAGGGGGAAGAGCAGGCAAGCUUCCUGUCCGGGACAGUCAACAUGUUGAUGAUGAAGCAAGCAGGGACCCACCUACUCCUGUGCUAGAAGAAGAGAGGCCACAUUUCAACUCACAUGAUUCAGGGAGCAAAGAUAAAAUCAGUGAUGUUGGGGCUCAUGUGCCCACCUCAAAACACACCCAGGAGGAGAGUCAGCAGCCUCCCCAGCCGAAAGUCCUCACCAGUCUACCGCGUGACUCAAAGAUCCCUGUGAAGCAUGGCGCACAGUCUCACACUGCUUCCCAAAUCCCUCAAGCUAAAGAACCCCCUCGCACCAAGAUACCCGUGUCCAAGGUUCCUGUCCGCAGGGUUGGUACUAAACCUGCAGCUGCAGGUGGCAGCACCCAGAUAAGAAAAUAAAACAGUGGACUGAAUCAAUCAACUAUACAGAUUAUGGCUUUGACUGCAACUUCUUUUCCAAUAUAAGUACAUGGCCAUCCUUUUUAAAUUCAUAUUUCUAUACUGUAAUUCUUGGCUUGUGUCUCUGUCAUCUCUUGGCUUCACUACACCAUAAGCAACAGUAACAGAGUCAAGGAGGCUGACAGCACUCAAGCACAAAACAUCUCCACAGGGAGCCAAAGCAACAAGCCUGGCUCUUUGGUGCUGAGCCAACUGGACAUGCACUCAGGAAAGGUUCGGGGUCACACCUGAACAUACAGCAGCAUUGGUAACUAAGGAUAAGCAAGAUUAAAGGUCUUCUGGGAACACAGUCACACACACAACAUGGGCGAGUGCCUUUUUAAGGGUGCUUUUCCUACAGACUCAGAAUUUGUUCAAUCUUUUCUACAGUACUUUUAACUUUUGUUACUCCCACUUUUUGUAGGAACCGUCAAAUGUUUUUGUCUUUCUUUCCAGCAAGUCUCUUUGAUAAUAACCAGUCCCUUUAAGUUUUAUUUAUGUCAGGAGCAGAACCGCAGGAGCUCUAUAAAUAAAUGCAACAACCAAAUUUACAUUCCACACCUAUCUCUGGAUGUAUGUAGCAGAAAAUGUGCCAUUAAUUUAUGCACAAGAUGUUGAACUGUACAGCGCCUGUGUGUCCUCCUGUUCAUAUGUAACAUGAUCAGAUCUCACUGUGAACUAUGGGAGAGAGGUUUUGAGGGAGGAAUGGAAAUAACUCCUUCCAGUGAAAUGGACAGUGGACAGCAGCCAUUAUGAAUGGCACUGUGGAUGUUUGAGCGAGACAGAGAAGAUGCUGCUGAGAUGAGAUCUCCAGCUCGUACACUGGCACAUCCUUAUCCUUACCCUACUUAUACUCAGAUGAGAACAAUAUCUCUGUGUAUAGUCUCAUCUAUGUUGUUCUGUUUCCUAUUUAAUCAAUAAAACAUUAUGAGUACUUUGCAAGAUGA